CGGGGCGUUACACGGGGAUCGGGUGGUUCCACGAGACUCGGUCUGUCUGUGUGUGUGUGUGUGUUGCUGCCGGACGCUGGCUGCCAUGGGGCUGCGGCGUGUUGCAGCGGUGGUGUUGGUUCUGGCCGUGUCGGCUCUGACGCUGGGCGGCUGGUGCGCGUUGGCGGGGCCGCGGGGAGAGCAGCUCCUCCCGCUGGUGUUGUGUACCUGGCAGUACCGGGCGGCUGCCGAGCAAGCCUGGAAGACGGUUAAUUCUGAUGGGUCGGCACUGGAUGCGGUGGAGAACGGGUGCAGUCUGUGUGAGAGGGAACAGUGUCGUGGCACAGUCGGCUUUGGAGGAAGCCCGGAUGAGAGUGGGGAGACCACGUUGGAUGCCAUGAUAAUGAAUGGUGACACGAUGGAGGUUGGGGGAGUCGGGGACCUGCGGAGGAUUAAAAGUGCGAUCAGUGUGGCUCGAGCGGUAAUGGUGCACAGCACUCACACGCUGCUGGUGGGACAGUCAGCUUCAAUUUUUGCUCAAAAUAUGGGGUUCCCCAGCGAAGGUUUGACAACAAAUGUGUCUUUGUCCGAGCACUUAGAGUGGCUGAACCAGAAGUGCCAGCCCAACUUCAGGAAGCAUGUCUCCCCGCCUGCUGAAACCUCAUGUGGACCCUACAAACCAGUGAAUGAGCUCGGAACACAAAAACCAAGAAACAUUUCAGCGCGCAGCCAAUUUCUCAGCCAUGACACCAUCGGUAUGAUUACGAUUCAUCGCAAUGGAUUGAUUGCUGCAGGGACCUCUACUAAUGGACUACUCCACAAAAUCCCAGGCCGUGUAGGGGAUUCCCCGAUCGCUGGAGCGGGUGCCUACGCCGACAGCACAGCUGGAGCAGCAGCUGCGACCGGGAAUGGAGACAUCAUGAUGCGAUUCCUCCCAAGGUACGGCAACUCCCACCACAUUUGCAGCUACCAGGCAGUUGAAUAUAUGAGAAUGGGAAUAGACCCAACUUUGGCGUGCCAGAAAGCUAUUGGAAGGAUCCAAAAGUAUCACCCAAACUUUUUUGGGGCUCUAAUCUGUGCGAACAAGACAGGGCAUUAUGGGGUUGCAUGCAGUAAAUCUCCAAAUUUGACUGAGUUUCAUUUUAUGAUUUUCAAUCCUUCAACAGCUUCAGAAAAGAUAGUCGAUUGCAUUUAAACUUGUUGCCAUCCAGCCGUCAUUUUCUAAAGACCUCAUCAGCUUGUGAAAUUCAAACUGUUUUAUGAACCGAAGUGACAAUUAAAAGAGUUAUUCUGUUAAUUUUCAGAGUUGCGCUUUAUGUACACGCAGGUUAAACUAUUAAGAUUUCAGAAACAUUUACUGGGCUAGUUGCCAGUACAGCAGCUUAUACACUAUAUACAUGAAACAAAGUGGUCUCAUGUUUAUAGAGUCAUACAACAGAGAUAGGCCAUUCAGUCCUGCUCAUCAAAGCUGAACAAGAUGUCUCAACUAAGUUAGUCUCAUUUGACCACAUAUGGCCCAUAUCUUUCUAUUCCUUUCCUAUCCAUGUACCUGUUCAAAGAUCUUUUAACUAUUGUUAUUGUCCCUGCCUCAACUGCCUCCUCUGGCAGCUCGUUCCAUAUACCUUCAUCCUCUCAUCGAGAUCGCCAGUGGUGGAGCUCCAUCCAGCGCGGCCUGUUAGCUUCGGAAGCCACGGUCUCGGGUAAGGAAGCAGCCAUUCCAGGUUUCCCAAGCAGCUGAGAGGAUUCUCCCGACGCCGGAGCACCAUCAUCCGGCGAGAAGGGCCUGGAACAUCGGGCCUCCGUAAAGGCAACUACGGAGGCCUCAGUAGGCCCGACUAUGGGUGGACAUGGGGAUGGGGACUGGACUUUGUGCCUUCCUUCAUAAUGGGAACCAUUGUGGGGGGAUGCUUUUAUGUUUAAAUUUCUUUAUUAUUGUUAUGUUGUCUUCUUUUUAAUGUGUUGCAAUGGCAAUGCGCAUUUCACUACACCAAUUGGUGUAUGUGACAAAUAAAGAACCUUUGAAAAAGC